AUGCCAAAGCGGACGCAGCGGCAGCCGCUGGUCGCGGGCGCGCUGCGGAGCGCGGGCCUCAUCGAGAAAGACGCGCAGAUGCCGGUCGACGAUGAGGAGCCGGGCCUGAAGCGGCAGCAGCGCCGCCGGCUUGCGCGCGAGGCCGCGGAUCCGGUAGGCAAGCGCCCCCCCCGGCGCGGCGGCGUGAACAUCAAUAGCCUUGCGCGCCCCGCGAACCAGGCGCGGGGCAAGCUCGCGGACCGUGUCGGAGCGACGCCCGACGUUGCGCCGCAGACCAACGUCGUGCAGACCCUGCGCACCUUUUUGCAGCAGCGCUGGGACGCCAACGCGUGCCUGCUGAACCUCGACAACAUGCAGCAGGAUCCGCUGCUGACUGAGGCGAAUAUCCGGCCGCCCGGCGCGCAGGGCGCGCACAAGGACCUCGGCACGGCGAUGUGGAAGCUGAGUGGCGAAAUGUUCCCGACGCUCUCCACGCUCUCGCUGGCGAACAACGCGCUGUCGUCCUUGCAGCCGCUCGCCACCCUCGGCCAGUACCUCCCGAAGCUCGCGAACCUCUCGCUGGAGCAGAACGAGCUGCGCUGGGUGCGCGACCUCGACGUGCUUGCCUCGAAGAAGCACGGGCUCGGCAACCUGCAAGAGCUCCUGCUCAUGGGCAAUCCCAUGCAGCAGAACGCGGUCGACGCCGGCAACGAGGACGGCUACCGGCGCGACGUCCUCGCCAAGUUUCCGUCGCUCAGCAUCCUCGACCGCCGCCCGGUGACGGACGUAGAGCACGGCUUCUCGCAGCUCUUUCGGGGGCGCGCCUCGAAAAAGGCGGGGCCCGAGGCCGCGCAGGUGCCGCUGCGCAACUUUCCGCUGCAGAUCAAGGGGGGAUUCGUCGACGGCGACGCCGCGCAGGUCGUCCCCGAGUUUCUGUCUCUCUUCUUUUCGCGCUACGACCAGGACCGCAGCGCGCUCGCGCCGGUCUAUGCGCCGAAUGCGCGCUUUUCCUAUGCCAUCAACGCCAGCCCGCCGCCGCGCGCGCGCGCCGAGCGCCUGAUGCACACAAUGCCCCACCAAAAAGAGCUGGUGCUCGACCGCUACAUCGACCUCGGCUCGCGCAACAUCCUCCGCUCCCACAAUACCAAGGCCCUGUUGCGCAACUUGCACCACGGCUCGUCGGCGAUCGUCGCGUUCCUGCAGCGCAUGCCCAAGACGGCGCAUCCGCUGCACGACGCGUCCAAGUUUGUCGUCGACGCAUGGGUCCUGCCGAAUGUCGACGUCCAGGCGCAGACGUCCCAGGCGGAGCGCCCGGACGCGCUCCUCUACAUCACGGUCCACGGCGAGUUUUCCGAGGCGCCGUCCAACGGCAUCCGCUCGUUUGACCGCGUGUUUGUCGUGGCGCCCGCCGCGCCAAACUCCGAGGCGGUGCAGAACGGAUGGCCGUGCACGAUCGUGUCGGAUGCGAUGACCAUCCGACACUACUCCAAGGCGGACGCGUGGCGCCCGGACUCGCUUCCCGUCGGACCGGUCGACGCGCCGGCGGUGCCCGCCGCGCCGAGCGCUGUGCCAGGCGCCGCACCCGCCGCCGCACCCGCCGCCGCCGCGGGCCUCCCGCCGUACCUCCAAAACCAAGAGCCCUUGCCGGGCCUCUCGCCCGAGCAGCACGCGCUCUCGCUGCAGCUCGCGGCGCAGACACGGCUGACGUACCCUUUUGCGGUGCAGUGCCUCGUAGAGAACGCAUGGGACGCCACGCAGGCCCUGGCGCGCUUCUCGAUGCUGCAGGCGCAGCAGUCGAUCCCGCCCGAGGCGUUUGUGCCCAUGUAG